UGCCCUUUCUAGUACUAUCUAAUAUUGACCUCACAGAUUUCCCGCCGUUUAUUGUUCAGUUUUUACGCCAACUGUACUGUUUUCCUUGAUAACCAGAAUGUCUGAGCCAACAUCUGAUCCGUUCUCUGUAGCAAGUCCUGAGGACUCGCAAAGUCGCCGAGGCGAUCCACUGACUUCGAGUCCUGGUCGAGAUUUACCUCCCUUCGAAGAUGAAUCUGAUCUCGGUAGCAAUCGCGUUCAACAAGAUGAAGAGGAGGAAGAAGGAGAAGAACUAUUUGGAGAUAAUUUUGAACAAGAUUAUCGACCUAUUGCUGCCCUUGAUGUAUAUGAUAAAGAUGGAUUGGAUGAUGGAGAUUUUUCUGACAUAUCUGAGUCAGCAAGGCAGGAUGCUGAAAAAGAAAUGAAGAAGAGGGAUCGUGAAGAGGCUUUGACUACUGGACGUAUGAGACGGGGUUUUAUUUAUGAUGACUCCGAUGAAGAUGAAGAAAGACCAACUCGCCGAAGACGCAUGGCAGAGCGAGCAGCUGAAGGUGCGAUGGAAGAGGAGGAGGAGAUUGAGAGUAUAGAAAAUUUAGAAGAUAUGAAAGGCUAUUCUGUUCGUGAGUGGGUGACACUGUUAGCUCCGAAGACUGAAAUAAAGAAUCGAUUCAAGAACUUCCUGAGAACUUUCAUUGAUUCUAAAGGACACAAUGUUUACCGUGAAAAAAUAAGACAAAUGAUUGAAGCAAACAAACAGAGUCUUGUGAUAGACUACAAUAUGUUAGCAUCAGCAGAGCAGGUCUUGGCUUACUUUUUGCCUGAAGCUCCAGCAGAGAUUUUACCUACAUUUGAUGAAGCAGCCAAAGAAGUGGUAUUGAACAUGUACCCAAAUUAUGAACGGAUUGCUAAAGAGAUUCACAUCAGAAUUGCAGAAUUACCUCUUAUUGAGGACAUUCGAUCUCUUAGGCAGCUCCACCUGAACCAGUUAAUUCGAACAAGUGGUGUCGUGACCAGCACAUCAGGUGUUUUGCCUCAACUGAACAUCAUCAAAUAUGACUGCAAUAAGUGUAACUUUGUCUUAGGACCAUUCUAUCAGUCUCAAAAUCAAGAAGUACGCCCAGGUUCCUGUCCAGAAUGUCAGUCUAGUGGUCCAUUUGAGAUUAAUAUGGAACAAACAAUCUACAAGAAUUAUCAGCGUGUUACCAUUCAAGAAAGCCCUGGUAAAGUACCUCCUGGACGUUUACCAAGAUCAAAAGAUGCUAUUCUUCUUGAUGAUCUGGUUGAUCAGUGCAAACCUGGUGAUGAACUGGAACUCACUGGUAUUUACCACAACAAUUAUGAUGGCUCUUUGAAUACUGCCAAUGGAUUCCCUGUCUUUGCAACUGUCAUCCAAGCUAACCAUAUUACAAAGAAAGAUGAGAAACUUGCUGCCAGUAGUUUAACUGAUGAAGAUGUUAAGGCUAUUGUGGCCCUUUCAAAAGAUGAAAGAAUAACUGAGAGGAUAUUUGCCAGUAUGGCCCCAUCUAUAUAUGGACAUGAAGAUAUAAAAAAAGGUAUUGCAUUGUCUUUGUUUGGUGGUGAACCAAAAAAUCCAGGUGGGAAACACAAAGUUAGGGGUGAUUUGAAUGUCCUCAUUUGUGGUGAUCCAGGAACUGCCAAAUCUCAGUUCCUGAAGUAUAUAGAAAAAGUUGGACACCGUGUUGUAUUUACAACUGGCCAGGGAGCUUCUGCUGUUGGAUUAACUGCUUAUGUCCAGAGAAAUCCUGUAUCAAAGGAAUGGACUCUGGAAGCUGGUGCUCUUGUGUUGGCUGACAAAGGAAUUUGUCUUAUUGAUGAGUUUGACAAAAUGAAUGACCAAGAUCGAACUAGUAUCCAUGAAGCAAUGGAACAACAAAGUAUUUCUGUGUCCAAAGCUGGUAUUGUCACAUCCCUUCAUGCCCGAUGUGCAGUUAUAGCUGCUGCCAAUCCAAUUGGUGGACGCUAUGAUCCUUCAUUAACCUUUGCGGAAAAUGUUGAUUUAACUGAACCUAUCUUAUCUCGUUUUGAUGUCUUGUGUGUGGUGCGUGAUACAGUUGAUCCUAUUCAGGAUGAACGAUUGGCAAAGUUUGUUGUUAGUAGCCACAUGAAGCACCAUCCAAGCAACAACGAUGACAUAAGAUGGGAUGAAGAAAUGAUUUCCUUAAAUGUAUCUGGUAUUGAACCUAUACCUCAAGAAUUGCUACAGAAAUACAUCAUUUAUGCCAAAGAGAAGACUUCUCCCAAACUACAUCAAAUGGAUCAAGACAAAGUAGCCAAGAUGUAUGCAGAGUUGCGUCGCGAGUCUAUGUCAACUGGAAGUAUACCAAUUACAGUUCGUCAUAUUGAAUCAAUGAUUCGUAUGGCUGAAGCUCAUGCACGAAUGCAUCUGCGUGACUAUGUCAAUGAAGAUGAUGUCAACAUGGCUAUCCGUAUCAUGCUUGAGAGUUUCAUCAAUACACAGAAGUUCAGUGUAAUGAGAAGUAUGAGAAAAACCUUCAGUCAGUACUUGACAUUCCGUAAAGACAACAAUGAGUUAUUGCUUUUCAUCUUGAAACAACUUGCUCAAGACCAAAUGUCAUUCCAAAGAAACCGGUUUGGUCUUCAGCAAGAACAGAUAGAUAUAUCAGAAAAGGACUUGGCUGAUAAAGCAAGACAAAUCAACAUCUACAGUUUGACAACAUUCUUUGAUAGUGAUCUGUUCAGAACUCAUCGCUUUAGUCAUGACUCUAAGAGAAAGCUUAUCAUUCAAACUGUAUAAAGAAACCAACCACAUACUCAACUCAAUUUCAACUCGACUCAAUUUCAACUAAAGCUGUACAUAUUUGUUUCAUUUGAACACACCUUUAUUUUAUUUCCUUUAAUAAUUGUCAAUGACAUUUGUAUAUUAUAUGAAAUAAAGAAUUUUAUAUUAAUAUAAA